AACGAUCCAGCCGUAGAGAAACAGUGCGCGACAAAACGUCUCACAGAUCUCAAUGAGCUAGACGCGUCGACGGUCUUCAGGGAAGGGAGCACACGCGAUAUUUAAAGGUCCUGACGUGUGUUUUGUAUCGAGUGCGCGCGCAAUGAACCAAGCCCCAGUAUCGUGUAUUCCUGCCGGGAAGAUGUCAAAAGCGAAGAAGGUCCUCGAUGAAGCUCGGGAAAUCCAAAAUCCCGAGCUCGAUCUUGCCGAUAAAAAUAUAUCUACGUUCGAGGAGGUUCCUGGAUUACUGAAUAUGCUCAACAUCACGAGGUUGACUCUGAGUCAUAAUAAAAUCCAAGUCGUUCCUCCGGGGCUCGCGAAUCUCGUCAACUUGGAAAUUCUCAAUUUAUUUAACAACCACAUUACCGAAUUGCCAAUUUCACUGUCGCAGAUGCCAAAGCUAAGGAUUCUCAAUGUUGGCAUGAACCGACUGGAUGUUCUUCCUCGAGGAUUUGGGGCAUUUCCUGUCCUGGAAGUUCUUGACUUGACUUACAAUAAUUUGAACGAGAAACAACUGCCCGGGAACUUUUUCAUGAUGGAAACCCUCAGAGCUUUGUACUUGGCGGACAAUGAUUUUGAAUACCUUCCACCGGAAAUAGGGCAACUGAAAAAUCUUCAAAUUUUGGUACUGAGAGAAAAUGAUCUUAUCGAGCUACCAAAGGAAAUUGGAGACCUCAGUAGACUGCGAGAGCUCCACAUCCAAGGCAACCGAUUGACUGUCUUACCACCGGAAAUAGGAAAUCUAGAUCUUGUAAGCAACAAAGCCAUAUUCAGGAUGGAAUUUAAUCCUUGGGUUACGCCCAUCGGUGAUCAACUCCAAGUUGGUAUUUCCCAUGUUAUGGAUUAUAUUCGAUCAGAGACGUACAAAUACGUUUACAAUCGCCAUCAAAAUGCCAAAGGUCCACCACCACCCAUUGAAAACGACAAGACCAAGAAAAUCUCACGUGCUCGCUAAACUAAAACCUUUAUCAGAUUUUAAUUAAUCUAGCCUGAAUAACAAUGCGUGACACUCGUUGAACAACAUUUUAAUCAGUUUAAGAAUUUUACAAAACGUUCGCUACCUGCAGACGGUAUCUGUAGAUCAGUGCAUGAGCUGACAAAAGAAACGGACCAAAUUUUUCUUUUAACAAUUAAGAAAAGUUGCCAAGAGCAUUAAAAAAAAUUGAAAAACACUUCGGCGUCAUAAAUCAAAUGGCUUGAUUGCAAUGGUAUCACAAACUAUUGAUUUUCAAUACUUUCAAACUAGUCUUCAUAGGAACCGUUUCGAGUAAAAUGCAAAAAAAAAAACAAAUUAUUCUUUCAUUCAGUUUUUUUGAAAGAAUCAAACUUUCAUUUGAAAAAUACAUAAGUAAGAUUUCCCCCAAAAAAAUGACAUUGUCUCAUAUUUUUGAAAAAGUAUUAGCCAAAUUUUGAGAAUGAAAUGUGGUCGCAUUUUAAUUAUGCAAACAACAUCAUCAACUUCUUACAAUGACUAGUCUGAAAAAAAUCACACUUUUUAUGUGAUCCAGGCCGCAAAAUUUAAAUUUUUUAAAUGAACAUGAAAAAUCUUUUAUAUUAUUUAUAAUGUAUUCGUUAAUAUUUACACUGCCAAUUAUUCAGCGCUGACGACACGUCAAACGAAAGAAUGGUGCCUUACUCCACAUACCUCGAAUACAAAAUACUUAAUAUAUUUUUAAACGAUAAUCAUUAGAUUUAUGUGGAUACUAAUCUCAUAUUUUUAUAAUUAUGUAACAAAUUCAAUAUGUUAUUACGCUGAUAUAAACGUGUUGACGUAUAUCUAUCGUCAAAAUGAGUAGUUAUUUCCACAAGGAACAGUGAUUGAUGGAAGUAAAUGUUGAAAAAACCGUUUGGUUUCAAACUCUAUUCGACUUUUGUGAAAAGAAAUAAAAAAUUUUUAACAGAAA